CUUUGACCAAAAAAGAAGAAUCUUCAACCCACUUCCUCCUCUCUAAGUCCUCCCAAACACUUCCCAGUUCCAUUCUGUCCCUCCUCUCCCGGACCAGUGCGCAUUCAUCCUCCCUCAUCCUUAACCAACCAGAACCAAUAUGGACGGAUUUUUAUAGAUCUAGGGUUAUUAGUUUGGUUUUGGGUUCAUUCGAUUUGGUUCGGGAUGGGAUUCUGUUUGUAUCUCAUAUGCUUUCUCCUUUUCAGUGAUUAACAAAAGGCCGAUUAGAUUAAAAUCGUGGAUCUCUUGUGGUGGAUGACGAUGUCCAGAUGUAUGGGGACGGUGAGAUUGGAGGCCAGAAUGCUUUAAUGGAGGCUGCGGAAAGUUGGAUCGAGCGUCGGAAAUGUAGGAGAGAGUCCUGCAUAGGAGGGAACGGCAAGGUGGUCGAGGCAGAUCUUCCUUUAUACUCAUCGAUGUGGAGGUUUUUUCAGUUCACUUUGAGUUGUGCUCCGGUCGCUCUGCUAAUUUUAAUCCUUUUGUUCUGGUUUGCCUUUUCUUUUUUAAGCUCAAUCAAGCAAAAUGAUAUUCCGCAGUCUUUUCUAAGGACAUUAGAGAAAAAAUAAUGUUUCUAUUUCUAUGAUAUUAUUUAAAUUAGGAAGACUAUUGUUUCUAUUCCUUGUUUGUCCUGACCUUCUUUUGGCUUUCAGUGAUUUGGUAUUAAAACAAAGAGCAGUCCCAGAUAUUUUUCUUAGCACAAUAGAGCUUUUUAUUUUUUGUUCUUAUUAUAGUUCAGUUGUUAGGUAAAUUACUAUAUGAAAUCUUAUGAGUAUUUUAUUUCUGGUAUAUGCCAUUUGUGUAGGAACGAGGCACAUCAACAAUUUGAUGACGAAAUUGGAAAACGAUGAUCAAUUCUUAGGAGAUCAAGCUAAAGCAUUAUAUCGGGCUGCAUUCUUGGAGAGGUUUUGACAAGGAAACCACUAUUCCCUGGGAAGAAUGUUGUUAACUGGCUAGAUUUGAUGACAGACCUACUUGACACUUCUUUGGAUACUAUCUCUCAAAUUUGUUUGGCUUCUUGGGAUUGUCGGAUUAAUAUGUGGGAUUGUUCAGGUUCUCAAGAUGAUGGAAGUGCUCAACAUGGACUCUUGAAGAUGGUGGAUAGUUUCUCUUUGAGUUCAAGUGAUCAUAUUUUCGUUCAUUUUUUCUCUUUGAGUUCGAGUGCUCAUAUUUUGAUUAGUGCAUUUAGUCCUGUUUUAGUUUACAAAUAUGUAUUUGAUAAACACUACAAAUUUAUGAGAAUUAUUUUAACUUUGAGAUCUUUUCACUUAUAAUCGAAGAUAAAUGAUGCUAUUAUGUUC